CCACGACAAACCCUAACCAACUCUCUCUCUCGCCGAACCCUUCCCACUCUCACUCUCACUCUCUAUCUAUCUCUAGCGCUCUCCACUCGAUUCCUCGCCUCUUCGUGCGCUCUCCUCCUCUCAAUUCUCCGAGCAGGCGGCAUCUGAAUUUCAAAGAAAUGGAGUCAUCCAUUACGGGCUCGUGUAGAAGAUCAAAUGAAGUAUUUAUAGUAUGAUGUCUAUUCUUGCCGUUUUGCUGGAAAACAUGGGCUGUUCCUGCAGCAGACCACACUCUUUCAACGAGGCUGAUACCGAAGAGAAUGUGCAGGCUGCAGAAAUUGAGCGCCGAAUUGCUCAGGAAACAAAGGCUGAGCAACACAUCCAUAAGCUUUUACUUCUUGGUGCGGGCGAAUCAGGAAAAUCUACAAUAUUUAAGCAGAUAAAGCUUCUUUUCCAAAAUGGCUUUGAUGCGGCUGAACUUCGAAGUUAUACAUCAGUUAUCCAUGCUAAUGUUUAUCAGACAAUUAAAAUAUUGUAUGAUGGGGCAAAGGAAUUGGCACAAAGUGAGUCAAACUCAUCAAUAUUGUAUGAUGAAGCAAAGGAAUUGCCACAAAGCGAGUCAAACUCAUCAAAGUAUGAAAUAUCUCCCGAGAACAAGGAGAUAGGAGAAAAACUAUCAGAGAUUGGAAGCAGAUUGGAUUAUCCAUUACUUACUAAGGAGCUUGCAAAUGAGAUAAAGAUUCUAUGGGAAGAUGCUGCUAUUCAGGAAACUUAUUCUCAUGGAAAUAUACUGCAAGUCCCUGACUGUGCUCAAUACUUCAUGGAGAAUUUGGAGCGAUUAUCCGAAGUUGAUUAUGUUCCAACUAAGGAUGAUGUUCUUAAUGCAAGAGUGCGAACAACUGGUGUUGUAGAGAUUCAAUUCAGCCCAGUUGGCGAGAAUAGAAAAAGUGGCGAGGUAUAUAGGUUGUAUGACGUGGGCGGGCAGAGAAAUGAGAGAAGAAAAUGGAUCCAUCUAUUUGAAGGUGUUACAGCUGUAAUAUUUUGUGCUGCCAUUAGCGAGUAUGAUCAGAUGGCUUUCGAGGAUGAGAAAAAGAACCGAAUGAUGGAUACCAAAGAACUAUUUGAGUGGGUCUUGAAUCAAGCAUGCUUUGAGAAGACAUCGUUCAUGUUGUUCCUAAACAAGUUUGAUAUAUUCGAGAAGAAAGUUCAAAAAGUACCUUUGAGUGUCUGUGAGUGGUUUAAAGAUUACCAGCCAAUGGCGUCCGGUAAGCAAGAGGUUGAGCAUGCAUACGAGUUUGUGAAAAAGAAGUUUGAAGAGCUAUACUUCCAGAGCAGCAAGCCCGACCGCGUUGAUCGUGUAUUCAAGAUCUACAGGACAACCGCCUUGGAUCAGAAACUUGUAAAGAAGACAUUCAAAUUGGUCGAUGAGACCCUGAGGAGGAGAAACCUAAUUGAGGCUGGAUUGUUGUGAGCACAGGAUCUUUCAGAUAAUGAGAUAUGAUUGCAUUUUUGCAAGCAGUUGUAAUUCUUUUAACUUGUUUUGCCUUAUUUUGUGCAUUCUGAUCGAGGAAAGAUGUCUUUAGCUGUAACUGUUACACAGAUUGCAGAUUCUUACUGGUUUAAGUUGUUGAAUGAACUUGACCAUUUUUCCAGCUGCAGCAAAGGAUUGUUACUACUAUUUACCAGCUGGAUGGUUCUCCCACUUCAUUGUAGCUUAAACCAGCAUGCAUAUUUUAGAUUUGUCGUGGAUUGCGUC